AUGGCAUGCAGUACGGUGAUCACAGAAACCACCCAGCUACAGCUUAAGGGUUGUGAGGAUGACGUGCAAUUCGGUGAUCUCAGAAAACGCUCAGCUACAGCCAAAGAGUUUAAAGUUUUAGAUAAACGUGUAUGUUUGCCUCGGUAUGCAUACCACAAAUUCCUUGUAGACUUGAGUCUAGAAGGUGCGGACUUGAUAGACGGUUUUGCAGUUGAUCCAAUGACGGAAUGCAUUGUUUUAGUUGGAGGUGAUUUGAGCAAGGAGAAUGAGUCUCUUUUAAGUUCAGACAUUGCUGAAGGAAAUUGCUUCUCGGAUUUUACAACGGAAAUGGUUGUUGGUGUUUAUAUGAUUUUUCUCUACUUCAUGACGCAAGAUGACAUGAAGAAGACAGAAAGCCUUCUGUCAUACUUAACUGCGACUUCAGAGGAAUUCCAAUGCAAGGAAGCCGAUUUACUUCUCAUUUUGCCAAAAGAUAUCAAACCCAGUUCUGCAGAAGACAUUUCAGCUGCUUUACAGAAGAUACAAAAAUUAAGAUUUAGAAGAGUUUUUUCAGUUAAAAGAGAGAGCAAAGAAAUAAGACAAACCAUAGCAAAAACAUUUCAAUCCAGUUUGAUUCAGUAUCUCCGUGAUGCUGCAGGACUUUUAUCUGAAUUGCCGUCAGCAGAACACGUAGAAGAAUGUUUAGAGAAAAUACGAGCAAUUAUCGAAACGCUACAGGAAGAACAGCACAAUCCUAAAAGACCAUACAAUAAACAAGACGUAUUGGACAUCAUUAAACCAUAUCAAGACAAAAUUUUGUACCUUGGAUUUAAUACAAAGGGAGUUCGAAUAACCAUUACUGACCAAAGUGUGAUGGCUGAGUUGGAAAAUCGUUUGUCAAAUGUUGGAAAUUUUGAGGUCAAAAUAAGUGUGCAAGAAAAAAUAACAACGGCUCCAUUUAAUUUUCCUUUACAUGGAGCAAAAUUUGUGCCUAGUCUCGCACCUACUAAUAGUAGUACUUAUGCAACAAUUGGUAGUCUUGUUAAAAGAAAGGGUUCCAUAAUGGCUGCAAUAACCUGCCUACAUCCUUUCCUUGGAAUUCAAAACCCGGGUGUAACCGUGAACAUAAAUUUAGUUGACGUAAAACUCGGCAGUGUCAUGUUUCAUGUUCAAGACAUCAGGAGUAUUCAUGAUGACAUCGCCCUUAUUGACGUUGAUGAACAAAUAAUUGAGUCUGAUUGUGAAAAGCGUUUACUCAAUGGAAGAGGCCAACCAACUUCAGCUUAUAUCUCUAACUGUAGAGAUUUAAUAGAUCUGGAUAAAUUUUUAAAUACUGUUGUUCGUAAGAGGGGUGCAAGAACUCUGUUAACAACAGGAGUAGUAUCUGAAGUUUGCAACAUAACAUAUAUGCAUUACUCAGUUGCAGGUUCAGCAAUUAUUGUUAAACCUUUUUUUAAAAAUACUGCGUUUGCAAAACGUGGAGAUUCGGGUUCGCUUGUAUUUCUACCUUCUUCCUCAAAUGACAAUAAGUUAGAGGUCAUCGGUAUGGUUUGCUCUGAAGCCCCACAAGAAGUUUUCCACGAUGAACGCCUUGUGCUUUGUGCUCCGUUGAGAGCAUCAGUGGACAAUCUGAUAGAUAGAAUCCCUAACAUCGAAAGAAUUGACUUUUAUUAACAAUGACAUUAUAAUUAUUUUUGCACACCUUCAAUUUUCUUUUUUGAAUUUUUCGACAUAGCGUAGAACUUCGAACGCAUACCAUUGAUUCCAUCCAUCCUACUUAUUCAAAAUAAAUGGUAAUUUGUCUAAAACCUUACUAGGAUUUUGAAUAUAAAGAAACAUUAGUAAGUAACUUAUAAAUAAUUUUAAAAACAGUGUUAAAAUAGCAAUUCCUAAUUAACAAAAAUAUUAAACA